CACACAGAGAGAGAGAGAGAGAGAGAGAGAGAGAGAGAGAGAGAGAGAGAGAGAGAGAGAGAGAGAGGGAACGUGGAGAUGUCGUUCAUUUUGGGAAGCCAGCUGUCCUCUCCGAAGAAGGUGCAAAUUGCGCUGACUCAGAUUUAUGGAAUAGGUCGGAGCAAAGCUUCGAUGAUAUGCAGCCAGCUUGGCAUCAGUAACGACAUCAAGCUUCAGCAAUUAACUAAGUCCCAGAUCGAACAGAUAAUCACCAUCAUCAAUCAUCAUCAUCUGGUGGACUCGGAGCUGAAGAGGUUGGUGAAGGAGGACAUCAAGCGGUUAAUUAGUAUCGGCUGUUUUAGAGGAUUCGAGCAUGUCAAAAAGUAGUAGAUGGGAUUUAAAAAAAAGAAAAAAGAAAAAAAAAGUUGAAAAAAAGUAGAGGGGAUUAAAAAAAAAAAAAAAAAAGUAGAUGGGAUGGAUAGGUAGGUGUAUAACCCUAAAAAAAAGAGUGCCCCCCCUACUCACACACAUGGGUAUUGCCGGACGUAUUUGAUCGUAAUUACGGCCCAACUUUUCACUGGCAAACACAGACCACAACCAUCAAUCACAAGAAAGCGAAUCUUUCUUUCUUUUUCUUUCUUUCCUUUUCUUUUUUUUGUGGAAGAAAGCGAAUCUACUUCAGGCAAGAAUGAAACGGACCCAAAAAAAAAAAAAAAAAAAAAAAAAAAGAAAAAAAAAAAAAGAAUGAAACGGACAUAAGAAGGGUAAAAAAAAAUAUAUGAAAAGGAUUCAUGUCAUGAAUUUGACCUCCAAAAAAAAUGGGUGAGGGAGGGGAAAGAGAAAUGGGUGAACGAUACGAAUCGACGGCCGGGAUCAUCCUGCGGCAACUCCCCUCCGUUCAAUCGACGGCCGGGUUAGGGGGAGGGGGAGGCGGGAGGGGAGCGGAGGGGAGGGAGCGGGGGGGGGAGGGUACAGGGGAAUAGAGAGUGCGAUGAUGAUUAGUGAGACAAAAAAAGAGUGUGAACAGAGCGCGACACGUGGCUGGACUUCGGAGUGUUUACACUCGCGUGAGGAUUGGUUGCUGUUGGAAUUUGCAGUCCAGGCUUUACUUUACUAGAUUGCACCGAACGAAAUUCACCCUGAUCGUGAAUGUAUGUCAGCUGUCUUUCCGCUCCGAUACAGUCGGGAUAGGAGUGCGUUGUGUUCGGGGUAAGAUGGUAAUGUUCCGCUCCUAUUCGUUUCUGCGUUAAUCGCGGGCGAUGGCAGCUGAGUGGCAAAGUCGUCGUUUCUGCGUUAAUGGCGGGCGACAUGGAAUUGAUAGAGCUCCACCUCGACGAUGGAACCACAUGGGGAGCAUGGGGACUACGUGGUCCACACUGUCCACGUGGACCACGUGGACCAUUUGGACAGUGGAACGAUGUGUGGACCACGUGGACCAAACGUGGACAGUGUGGACCACGUGGACCAAACGUGGACAGUGUGGACCACGUGGACGGUGGAAUACUCUGGGCGGAGUUGACGUUUGCAACAAAUUGUAGACAUGGUGAAUUGGCCGCGAUGGGCGAGCGGGAUCGGGAUGUGAAGAGAAGAGAUCCCGUUCAGAUCGGGAAAAACGAUAUAGCGGCUGGUGCGGCAGUUGGGUCCAUUCAAGCUGACAACGUUAUCCGGUUAUGGUGGCUUGCUGUUGGGGAAUCCCUAGCGGAGGAGGAGGAGGAGGAGGAGGAGGAGGAGGAGGAUUACUGGCGAAAAAUUCGGUGGAGUGGCUAUGGCGGGAAUAUGCCAUGGACCGAACAUGAUGGAGCGGGAACGGGAAGACGAAAUGGAGUGGAUAUGGCGGAAAGCAAUGGAGCAGCCGGCUAUGGCGGAAAGAUGGAGGAACAGUAACCGGCUAUGGCGGAAAAAAGGAGGAAGAGGAACCGGCUCUGGCGAAAAGGAGGAAGAGGAACCGGCUAUGGCGGAAGCAUGGAAGUAUAGCAACCGGGUAUGCUGGAAGAAAGGAGGAAGAGGAACCGGCUAUGACGGAAGAAAGGAGGAAGAGGAACCGGCUAUGGCGGAAGAAAGGAUGAAGAGGAAGCGGUAACGUUCCUAUGCAAUUCCCUUCGACGUAUCGGGUCGUGAAUCGGGACUAGAUCCGUUGCUUCUCUUCGGUCUAUCGGGUCGCGAAUCCGUGGCUGAGGUAUGUGCUUACGUUCCUAUGCAAUUCCCAACCUCUUAAAAAAAAAUAAAAAUCCUUAUUAAUAUAAUUAAUAAUCAUCAAUUUAAUUUUAAUUGACGCUAAAUUGAAGGGAUAAUGAAUAUUGUAAACAAGG